CGCGCGGACGCAUCAGACAGUUCGUCCGCGCGCACAGAGGGACAGCAGCAGCCGCCGCACCUCCCGUACACCGACCCGCGUCUCGUUUAUAAGUUUUAGCUGUUUAAUACCGACGAGAACGAUGGUCUGAAGAGAUUUAGGCGAUCAAUUCGUGAAUGUAAUUCCAUUACAUUCAUCUGAUCAGCGCGCGCCAAGGGCCGCUUUGGUUUUGCCGUCUCCUCAGUCGCCUUCUCUCUGAGAGAUUCACGUGCCCAUGCGAUUCUUCAGACUCACCUUUAAGUGUUUCGUGGAUUGUUUUUGAAGGUGCUGUUUAAAAUCGGUGUCAUUUUUCUUUUAUGAUAUAUCAUUUAUUUUACAAACGCGAUUUUUGAUAAAAACAGACCGACCCUACCCUUGCCAAUUUCGCCGAGAAAAUCAAACUGCCAUCCGUUGUAACCGUUUGACAUUGAGGGGGAAACGGAACAGAAAAUAUUUAUACAUUCGUAAAGAAUUACACUGCUGGUUGUGUUAAUAUAAAGGAUAGAGGACCAGAUCCCGCGCACCUGAAGAGGAACAAAAAGGGACAUCUUGGUGUGAAAAAAAAAACUGACUUAAUCCAAAAACAAUAAGAGAUCAAAUAUUUAUUUUUGACUGCUGAUUGAAGAAGUCCUUCCUUCUCGAGUCUCGUGAGGAGGUUCGUAUUUGCUUUGUUUACACGAGAGAUGGAGAAAUCCUCUCUGGACGCAGACUGCUGCGCCCUGAACAUGGUCCUGGUGGAGGAGAAGAAGGGCCAUCUCAUUCCCAAUGGAAACGCGCACCCAGGCGUCAACGGGACCCUCAACGGGGGGCCCAUGUCAGCGGCUACCGGAGCCAUCUCGGCGGUGGAGAAGAAGAGGGAGGGCUACCCCGAGCGAGAGACGUGGACCAGACAGAUGGACUUCAUCAUGUCCUGCGUGGGUUUUGCAGUGGGGCUAGGAAACGUCUGGCGCUUCCCGUACCUGUGCUACAAAAACGGUGGAGGAGUCUUCCUCAUUCCCUAUGUGUUAUUCAUAUUUCUGGGAGGCAUUCCGAUAUUCUUCCUGGAGAUUGCGCUGGGACAGUUUAUGAAGGCUGGAAGCAUCAACGUGUGGAACAUUGCCCCUCUUUUUAAAGGACUCGGCUAUGCCUCCAUGGUGAUUGUGUUCUUCUGCAACACGUACUACAUUAUGGUUUUGGCCUGGGGUUUCUACUACUUCAUUAAGUCCUUCAACGCCACACUGCCCUGGUCCACCUGCGACAACCCCUGGAACACAGAGAACUGCAUUGAGAUCUUCCGGCAGGGUGACUGCAAGAACGGCACUAUUGGAAACUCCACAUUCGGCAACCUGACGUGCGAAGAGCUUGCUAAUGGCCGCUCUCCUAUCAUUGAAUUCUGGGAGAACAAGGUUUUGAACAUCUCUGAUGGGCUGGAUGAGCCAGGCGCCAUUAACUGGGAGCUGAUGCUGUGUCUGCUGGCUGUGUGGGUGAUGGUUUACUUCUGCGUCUGGAAGGGAGUGAAGUCCACAGGCAAGAUUGUGUAUUUCACUGCCACGUUCCCGUAUGUGGUCCUGAUCAUCCUGCUGGUGCGAGGCGUCACUCUGCCCGGCGCUUAUGAUGGCAUCCUCUACUACGUCAAACCAGACUGGUCAAAACUAGGAGAAGCACAGGUCUGGAUCGAUGCCGGCACUCAGAUCUUCUUCUCUUACGCCAUCGGGCUCGGGGCCCUGACAGCCCUCGGCAGCUACAACCGAUUCAACAACGACUGCUAUAAGGAUGCUUUUGUUCUGGCGCUUAUUAAUAGCGGCACCAGUUUCUUUGCUGGUUUCGUGGUGUUCUCCAUCUUGGGUUUCAUGGCGUCUGAACAAGGUGUGGACAUCUCAAAAGUGGCAGAAUCAGGCCCCGGUUUGGCGUUCAUAGCGUAUCCUAAAGCCGUUUCUAUGAUGCCCGUGGCUCCGGUGUGGGCUGCCCUAUUCUUCAUCAUGCUGCUACUGCUGGGACUGGACAGUCAGUUUGUUGGUGUGGAGGGUUUCGUAACUGGCAUUCUUGAUCUUUUCCCUGGAAAGUAUUACAUGCGCUAUCAGCGCGAAAUCGCUGUGGCGAUCUGCUGUUUAUUAUGCUUCAUUAUAGAUCUCUCCAUGGUUACACAGGGAGGGAUGUACGUCUUCCAGCUUUUUGACUACUACUCAGCCAGUGGAAUGACCCUACUGUGGCAAGCAUUCUGGGAAUGCGUGGUUGUCGCAUGGGUUUAUGGUGCUGACAGAUUCAUGGACGAUAUUGCUCGUAUGAUCGGUUACCGGCCAUUCCCGUGGAUGAAGUGGUGCUGGUCCAUUAUAACUCCAUGUGUUUGCAUGGGUAUCUUCCUAUUUCACCUGCUGAACUACAAGCCUCUGACCUACAACAAUGUGUAUGUGUACCCAUGGUGGGGAGAGGUGAUCGGAUGGUGUCUGGCUCUCUCCUCCAUGCUCUGCAUCCCCGUCAGCCUCGUGUACAAGCUCUCUGGAGCUAAGGGAACAUUCAGAGAGCGGUGGGAAAAUCUGACCAAACCAGUGUGGGGAGCCCAUCACCUGGAAUACAUGGCCCCCGACACUGACAUUAAAAGCCUGGCCUCUCUGUCUCCUGGAAUGGAGGAGAACAAGGUGAUCAUUUUCGAGAGUGUUAUGUAGACGAAAAGGGAAAUCCUCCAACAGCCCUCCUAAGGCAAGCUGGUUGAAGAGAUCAUCAGUAUUUAUUUCUUUGUAUGGAAUUCUGCAUCAUCUUACAGUCUUAAAAUCAGCCGAUGCACAUGUACGGUUACAUCCGUUUCAUACUACAGAUCCUCUAGCAUGCACAGUUCCAGAUGUUCUUCCACUUCCACCAGUCCAAACUGCAUAUAGAAACACACACGAAAAAAAAAAAUAUUGCAGAUAUCAAGACCUGCAGGGUGUAAUCAGCAUGUCUUUGGAGGGGGACAUUUUAGCGUAGCCUAAAACAUCUGAUGGAGCGGCAGAAUUUCCACAGGCCACCUUCCUGAACAUAAGAGUCUCUUUGCACUGACACAUUCAUUGGGGGAGGAAAUGCAUCCUUGAGUUGAAUUGACAUUCACAACAGUGGAGGAUUAAUAUUCACGCUAUAAUAAAAUCUACAAUUGAACUAAAACAUGCAAAGUUUCACUGGUUGGCAAAAAUAGAUACAGAUCAAGCAAUCAAACUAAAUGUGUCUUUGCAGAUAUUAAUACCCAUGUGGAAAUCUAACAUAUGACAAUAUGCAAAUUACAUAUAAUAUGACAGAAGUUUAUAUUUGGAUUUCACAUAUAUAAUAUAUGUCGUAUAAGCAACAUAUAUUUCAAAAUAUUGCAAAAAUGAUGUCAUACACAGUGCUCAGCAUAGAUGAAGUUGAACCUCCUUUUGAAAAUGAAUAUAGGUAAGCAUUUUGGGUGCAUUUAAACGGUUUAAUUAAAGAGUUUGGUCACAUAACAUCAUUAGGAAUAAAAAAAAAUGUAUUUAAAUUCAAGUGAGUUAUUACAAAAACACUUUGAAACUACAAAAUUACAACAUUUUAAAAAUAUUUGUUAUGUUUCUCUUGUUUUUCCUCUUUAUUAUGUUUCCCCAGGAUAUUAAUUUGGGUGUACUCAUUUUUCACCAUGAUCUUACAUUUAUUUUUGUUAGAUUAGUUUUGGCUCUGGUACGAACUAAUCUAAUGUAUAUGCACAAAUAUAUUAUUAUAAAGCGUCUUAUAGAAAAUAAUUAAUUAAAAGAGAGAUCUGUUAGAGGUGUACUAUUUAAUGCUGAGUACUAUACAUUACAUUAGCUGACACAGGUCGUGUUGUUGAUCCCAGUUGUAAGAGCAACAAAUACUUUAAUAACUUGACUUCUAGUUGAUCAUUUGAAAAAGUGGCAGAAGGUAGAUUAUUCUGAUGAAACAUCUGCUGAACUGCAUCCCAAUCAUCACUAAUACUGUGGAAGACCUAUUGAAACCCACGUGGACCCAAAAUUCUAAAAGAAAUCAGUCAAGUUUGGUGAAGGACAAGUCAUGGUUUGGGGUUACAUUCAGUAUGGGGGCGUGUGAGAGAUCUACGGAGUGGAUGACAACAUCAACAGCCUGAGGUAUCAAGUCAUUUGUGCUGCCCAUUACAUUACAAACCACAGGAGAGGGCAAGUUCUUCUACAGGCUAGCACUGCUUCUUAUACUGCUCAUGCAUAAUAUUAAUUCUUUUUCCAUUGCAGCAUGACUUUAUAUUCUAUACUGGACAUUAUUUCUGUUAAGUUACAAGACUUUUGUCUAAAUAAAGUCAGACCUUACUGUCCUAGUUAAAUAAUUAAAAAUCAAGGCAUGAUAAUAUUUUAUUCUGGUAAAAUAAGCGUAAUCUAGAGGCCUUUGCCUUUCAUAUAAGCCACUUCUGAUGAUCAAAUGAUACCAAUGAUCAACUAGAAGUCAAGUUAUUAUUUGUUGUUCCUAAAAUUUGGAAAGCCAACAAGACUUUUGUCAGGUAGUUCAAAUAAAUAAUCUAUAAUUUCAUAUAUGUGUUCAUAUAUGGGUAGUUAUAUCUAAUAUAUUUAAACAUAUAUGUACUUCUAAUAGUAAAAAAAAAACGUAUAUAAACAUCCAUUUUUGCAGUACUUUAAAAUAUAUGUUGCCUAUAUAUGACCUAUAUAUUUUAUACAAGUGAAAUUCCAAAAUCCAACAUGUCUGUCACAUAUGAAAUUUACACAUUUCCAGAUUUCUACAUGGGUAAGGCCACAUGUAGUUGCCAAAUGUUGCCAGAUCACUUAUCACUACAGCUUUGGCUCGAUGUGUCUUCAUCUGACCUCAUUACCUGGUGCAUGUUUUGACCGCGUAUGUGCCAAAUGAAGCAUCGCUUUCCAUCUCUGUUCAGGAGAUGGUUUUGGUUGCCAUUAAAAAUAAUAAUAAAUCAAUAUCUUCCUGUUCAGCUUGAAUUUGCUAUGUGCAUGAUUUGCACAUGUUUGGAAACAUCUGGAGAGAUUUUAUUAGACACGAGCAAAAGAUAUUGAAUGGACAAGUUGCUUGUGAACCAAAGAUUGCAUUUUGUUAUUUUGAAUUAUUAAAGUCAGCAUGAAAUCAUUCACUUUUUACAGUGCAAUCAAUUACUUAUUUGACUGCAUUUAAUGGGUUUUAAAACAAGACUGCUUGAUAUACAGUUAGGUCCAUAAAUAUUUGGACAUCGACACAAUUCUAACAUUUGUGGCUCUAUGCACCAACACAAUUGAUUUGAAAUGAAACGAACAAGAUGUGCUUUAACUGCAGACUGUCAGCUUUAAUUUGAAGGUAUUUACAUCCAAAUAAGGUAAACAGUGUAGGAAUUACAACAGUUUGCAUAUGUGCCUCCCACUUUUUAGGGGUCCAAAAUUAAUAGAGUAAUGAACUCUGGACCUUUUAUCUGUUCAUUGUAAUUGGGAUAAUGAGGGAAUAACACACACCUAACCAUUGAACAGCUUAGAAGCCAAUUUGUCCAAUUACUUUUGGACCCUUAACAAGUGGGAAGCGCAUAUGCAAACUGUUGUAAUUCCUACACCGUUUACCUGAUUUGGAUGUAAAUACCCUCAAAUUAAAGCUAACAGUCUGCAGUUACGUUGUUUCAUUUCAAAUAGAUUGUGUUGGUGAAUAGAGCCAAAAAUGUGAGAGCUGUGUUUGUCCAAAUAUUCAUGGACCUAACUGUACGUCAAUAUAAAAUCAAAAUCAAAGUGUUAAUGUCCAAAUUGCAAUGUGUGAUCAUUUAUUUAUUAUUAUUAUUUUCAAUAUGAUUAUUUAAAUACAAUUCAAUUUGCAAUGCUUGAAAAAAAGCACUUACAUUUGAAAAUGAAGAUGGAAAUAAAAUUAUUAGUAUUACUCUUUAUUUUCCAGUGCAUUAGUAUUAUAGCAGUAUAUUUAUUUGUUGUUGUUUUUAUUUGAUAUUGCUUAAUUUUAUUAAUAAUCCCAAGUUGUUGACCACUAAAAGCAUUUUGCACAAAAUUAAGCAAUAUUUCCACUUUUUGAAUGAUUUAUAUUUUUAUCCAGAUACGCUCUCAUAUUUAAAUUGUAAUAUAAAUGCAGAAACAUCCGAUUUUCACUUUAAGAUUUUCCUGCAAUUUGGUGUUUCAUGCUGACUUUAGUAGAAGUUUACACUUUUAGUUUGUUCUACAGUACAUUUUGAGUGCCAGUAUUAACUAUUGUUCUGAUGUUUUCGAGUUGAUUUAAAUCAUAAUAGAAAGGAUUACAAUAUCAGUCAAUGCACAAAAAAAAAGUUUAAGAGAAACAAAUGCUCACAGAGAUUCUUAUAGCUUACAACAAUAUCAUUUAUCCGUUUGAAGGCACACUGGAAAAUAAAAUGAUUCCUUGGAUUUACUUUUUUUUUUUUAAGGAACGUAGUUGCAAGCAAUUUAUGUUGGCUGAAUUUAAAGGUGCUGUAAGUUUCUGACUCUUCUAAAGCAUAAAAAUACCAUAAUAUGUUUGCAGAUAAUUAAGAAACAUGCUAAGUGAACAGUUUUGCUGAAAAACAAUGCUGAAGUCAGAUAUUCUGCUUUGACAAUGUGAGUUAAGUGCCAGAACAUCUGUCUUUGUUUUGGUCAUUUAACCCGUACACUGGCAGUUUAGCCAAUUAUAUUUCAGCACCCUGAGUUGCCUUGGUGGAAAACAGCGUAUUUCAUUAAUUCAUUCAGAAAGGCUCUAAAAAUAUGCGUGACCGAAAUGCGACCUCCAGUGGACAGUAGCAGACUCCGAAAUGAGACGCAGAUUCAGAGUUCCACAUGAAGUGGUCAUUAAUUAGCAAGUAAUAUAAAUAUUACGAACAUAAACAUUAAGUGAGCAGGUUACAUUUACAUUGUUAAGCAAUUUCGCUGUUUGCGCCAGGCGAAACACGACAGGAUUGUAAAUACAGCCAUUCGGAAACACAGAAUAGUGCACUUACUGCACUCCAAAAAAAUUGUAAGGUUUAUAAUCUAAUUAAUACAUAUUAAUCACAGUCACAGUCCUAAAGUUUAGUUUCAGAUGAUUUAUUUUAAUUUCAAGAUCUGAGGUGAACUAUCUGCUGCUGCUUUCAGUAGUAUGGCAAUAAAUCUUACGUAAAAUGGCAUUCAAACUCACAUUAUUAGCAUUUAACACUGAAUAAAGCACAUGAGGUUUUCCUGAGGUGUUUUCUGUUGUUCAUCUGCAAGAAAUACUGUAGAAGCCGUUUCUAAAAUAGAAAUUUCAGGUGUUGGUUAGAAGAAAAACUCAUUUUGACAUGGAAAAUAUUCCUUCUAUCACAUGUCAUUGCUUUUAUUUAGAAUAUGACUUAAAUCAGCCUUUAGGCUCGAUAGUCAGGCUCGCUCCUAUUGUUGUCGUGCUUGCGUGUGUUUUGAACCAGGCAUGCAAUAUCUAGUUCAACCACUGGCUGUCAAACUUACAUACUGCACCUUUAAACAAACCAAUUAAAUUUAGUAGCGCUCAACCUAAUUUGUUUAAAUUCAGUCCAUGAAAAUUGUUUGCAAACACUUACCUUAAAAAUAUUUCGUAAAAAUCCAAUGAAUCCAUUUUUUUCAGGUUGCGGUGGGAACAUAAGAAUGAAAUGACAAAAUCACGUUUUCCACGUAGAACCAGCAGGUUUUUUUUUGCCAAUGUCAGAUGCAGAACAGUAAAUAUCUUGAAUUUGUUUUUCUGCUUUGACAGUAGGUGAACUAUAGACACAGUUGCCAAACUCUGCCUUUAUUUGUCUUAAGUUGAGAACCCAUAGACAAAUAGCCAAGAUCAAACCGGCCUCAGAAACUGUAGCGGACUGUGGAAAUUCUGCCCUGUAGAAUCAACUCCAACACUAAACCAUUGUGACAUUAUAGAUGUAAUCAGAAUGUACAAAUUAGACUACAUAAUGUAAGGCUUCAGAAUACAUUUGCACAUUGUUGUAAAAUAAUCUGCUAGCACUUUUUAAUCGUGUUAGAAAGCGUUUUCAUUUUGUUUUCCUCUCUCUCUCUUGUUGUGAUUUACAUACUGUAAAAUAAAUCAGAGAUUUAUUUUGUGAAGGCUAUUAUUUUGCUUAUAUGCAUAUAAAUAUAAAGACAUAUUGAUAUCUGUGUGUUAUAUUUUAAACGUUUGAUGCUGUAUGUACUUUUGAUAAAGAUGAUAACAUGGAGUGGGAAUUCUUACUGAAACGCUGCAAUGCAGUUGAACAGAGGCAUGAGAGACAGAUAGCACAUGAAAUUGAUUUUUAUUUCAAAUAUCAAGUGCUGCAGUUGUUAAAUGUUUUAGAUUUGUGCGUGUAAAACUCCAGUAUUUUCUACUGACCACCCAGAAAGCGGCUCGAUUUGGGGUUUCUGUUAAAUAAAUCAUCUAAAUUGGAUUCCAUUUAAUUGAUGCACCUACGUCUAUGGUUUCAAAAUAACAUUCAUCUGUUUGGUUAAAUAAUAUCAACCCUCGGCCAUUUAUUCAUUCCCUUACAUGCCUUUCUGAAUGUCUGUAGUGAGAAUGAUAAUAAGUGCCCUUCAGAUAAUCUGACGACCGAGAUAAAACCUCCUCACCGCUUCAAACUGAGAGCUACUGGUUUACCAAAGGCCUUACUCACUAACCGUUUAGUCCAAUUUGAGAUGAACCAACCAAACCCCCAACAAAAUUAUCCUUUUUUUUUUUUUUUUUGUAAUCCAUCCAAAUUGGAGCCUGGGUCGGUCAGUAGACCAGUUAUUUAAUAGUGAUUAUAUGUAGAAAUGUUUAUCUAGAAAAAAAGAAAGUAUAUGUUAACAAAAUAAGACAAAUGUUGUGUCAUUUUUUCGUGCUCUGCCAAAUGUUCUCGACAGUAUCUUUGCACUGAAGGUUUGCCGUUUGUUGAGAUUUAGAGCUAAAUGAAACAUGAACUUGUUAAAGGGAAUGGUGAAUAGCACAGUAGAAUCACAGCUGCAGAAAUGAUCUUUGAGUUACUCAAUUAGUGUUCAUUUAAUGAUUCCAAACACGUGUCUUGAGUUCGAGCUGCACAAUUCUGGAUAAAGUCAGAUAUUUAUUGACAGAUUUUUUAUUUUGUUUUUAUUAAAUAUAGAGAUCCCAUUCAAACAUGAAGAGUAGGAUAAACUGGUAAAAGUGUAGCAUUUAAUUAAUUGGAAUGAAUUGUAUUUUUAAUCGGUUGAGUGUAUAAUUCAAUGACUCACUUCUAAAAACUUGACAGUUUUCAUUACUGGAUGAUAUCGCGCACAGUUUGAGCUUGCGAAAUUCUGUCAUAUGGCGCUGCAAAAAGGGGCGGGAUUAAACAAGAUGAUUAGACAUUAAAAAAAGCAAGCGAUUGGUCCAUAUUUAAAAUUUCUGACUAGAGAGGAAAUGUUUUGAUCUUCAAUUGGUCUCACGCAGUCACGUGAUGCGAUUUCACAGGUAAGAGUUCACCAAGCUUAAGCUUUGCGAACUGUGAACCUUGUCACAUGAGCUUCCGUUUCCGGUCUGCCGCAUUCGCAUGCGUGUGAAUGGAAGUCACUGGGGAGAAAAGUGCAGUGUGACCGCAGCUUGAAUCCGCAUUAUUGAGUGAAUCUCUUUAAUGAAUAUGAUACGGUGAGAUACAGUGUUGCCACCUACUGGUGUAACAAUAUAAUUUCUAUUUUAUAGUUUCUCAUUUUUUUCAUUACUUUCAACUCUAUUUUGAUUACUACCACAGUGUUUAUAUCCAAUCUAUAAAUGUUCAUCUUAGCACAUUUGGUGAUUUUAUUAAACUUUGUUUUAGUUUUGUUUGGUCGAAAUAACCAUACGGUAUAGUUAAAUAGACUAAAGACUGAGCAAGACGUUUACACAACAACAUUUCUAACAAAAACUUUUUUUCUUUUUUAGUUCUGACCAUUUAUUUAUGCAACAAAGGAGUUUUAUUUAUGGCGUAAAUAUGUAUUGCUUAAAUAAAUGGAAAAACUGAGACAUUGCCACCUACUGGCCUGGCAUGCAUAAUCAGCAUUUUGUGUUUUAGAUGAAGCUUGAUGAAGUUGUCUCUAUAUGCAAAACUUUUUAAAACUUUACUUUGCUUAAAUAAAUGGCCAGAACUAAAAUUAAAUUGUCACAAAAAUUGAGACAUUGCCUCCUACUGGCCUGAUAUGCAUAAACAACAUUUUAAGUCGUUUUAAUGGCCCAUUUGAAUGGGGAGCAAUUUGACAAAGUUGUCUCUUUGCUAAACUUUUCAAAACUUUUCUUUGCUUAAAUAAAUGGCCAGAACUAAAAUAAAAUGUAAAAAAUUGUCACCGAAAUUGAGACAUUGCCUCAUACUGGCCUGACAUGCAUAAACAACAUUAAGUCAUUUUAAUGGCCCAUUUGAAUGAAGAUCACUUUGAUGAAGUUGUCUCUUUGCUAAACUUUUAAAAACUUUGCUUAAAUAAAUGACCAGAACUAAAAAAAAAUUUUUUUAAAUUAUAAUAAAAAAUGUCACAAAAAGUGAGCCAUUGCCGCCUACUGGCCUGGCACUUAUAAACAGCAUUUUAAGACAUUUCAAUGGACCCGUUUGAAUGGGGAGCACUUUGACGAAGUUGUCUCUAUGCAAAACUUUUCAAAACUUAUUUUUGCUUAAAUAAAUGGCCAGACCUAAAAUUAACUAUAUUAAAAUGAAUCUUUUCAAAACUUUACUUUGCUUAAAUAAUUGGCCAGAACUAGAAUAAAAUGUUUAAAAAUUGUCACCGAAAUUGAGACAUUGCCACCUAUUGGCCUGUCAUGCAUAAACAGCAUUUUAAGUCAUUUUAAUUGACCCGACUGAAUGGGAAUCAUUUUGACGAAGUUGUCUCUUUGCUAAACUUUUCAAAACUUUACUUUGCUUAAAUAAAUGGCCAGAACUAGAAUAAAAUGUUUAAAAAAUGUCACCGAAAUUGAGACAUUGCCUCCUACUGGCCAGUCAUACAUAAACAGCAUUUUAAGUCAUUUUAAUGGACCCAUUUGAAUGGGGAGCACUUUGACGAAGUUGUCUCUAUGCAAAACUUUUCAAAACUUACUUUUGCUUAAAUAAAUGGCCAGACCUAAAAUUAACUAUAUUAAAAUGAAUUGUCAUAAAAGUGAGACACUGACGCCUACUUGCCUGGCGUGCAUAAACAGCAUUUUAAGUCAUUUCAAUGGAACUGUUUGAAUGGCGAUCACUUUAAUGAAAUUGUCUCUUUGCGAAACUUUUCAAAACUUUACUUUGCUUAAAUAAAUGGCCAGAACUAGAAUAAAAUGUUUAAAAAAUGUCACAGAAACUGAGACAUUGCCACCUACUGGCCUGUCAUGCAUAAACAGCAUUUUAGGUAAUUUCGAUGGGCCGGUUUGAAUGGGGAUCACUUUAACGAAGUUUCUCUUUGUGAAACGUUUCAAAACUUUUCUUUGCUUGUGUAAACGGCCAGAACACAAAAAUAAAGUUUAAAAAACUGUCAAAAAAAAGACAUUGCCACCUACUGGCCUGGCAUGCAUAAACAGCAUUUUAAGUCAUUUUAAUGAACCCGUUUGAAUGGGGAUCACUUUGAUAAAGUUGUCUGUAUCCGAAGCUUUUUAAAAAUUGCAAACAUUUUCUUUUUGUACGUUAUUUUUGUGUAAACAUAGAUGCGAUCUUCUAUGUGUGAAAAGUGUAAUAGCUGAAUUGUGAUUUAGUAACGACAUUGCGAAAAGUGUCCAAAUUGUAAUCUUUUACAAAAGAUUUGUGCAGCUCUACUCUGAGUAGUUAAUCAGCCCUGGAGAGGAUGGUCGAAUGACAGAGUCAAAGCUUUGGGUAACGAUACUGUCUUGAAACUUCACAGUUGACCUGGUAAUAAGCUCAUUGACGUCUUUCAUCCUUGUGGUUUGUAACACACUGUGAUGUAACCAUGGUUGUCUAUUUAAAAAAUCUAACAAUAGUAGAGCUAAGGUAACUGUAGCGUGUAUGUUAGUGUCCAUCUAUCUAACAGGAUCCCUGUCAUGUAAAGAAGGGCCUCAUGCUCCACCACUGUGAUCUUGUGCUGAUCCACCUGCCCAAAUCAAAGCAACAAAUGGCAAUAAACUAACUCCAUGAAAAAAA